CCUUACGAGCGGUACGGCCCGCUCACCAAUAGCAAUAGCAAUAGCAAUAGCCAACACUCCGGACUGGGAUCUGCGCCAGGAUGUCAAGCCAUUCCCGCCUUUUGUUGUUAAUGGCCUUGCUGUUGGCCGUGUUCCUGGGCUCCCUGUCGGCAGAUCCUGUUCCGCAGGACACGGCCGGUGGCCAGGACUCGGCGCUGCGGGAGAAACGUGGCACUGUCACCCUGGACUUUGGGCUGCUCCUGCGAAAUGUGCUGCUGAAAAGCGCCCAGUUAUCCUCGGCCAAGGCGAAUUUUGUGAAGACCACUCGACGUCCCGCGACGACGACCACAACCACGGCAGCCCCGCCCCCUCCACCGCCACCGCCGCCGCCACCACGCAUCCGGAAACCCCUUUGGCAUUCCUUCUUCAGUUCCGGCUUUUUGCCUUUUGAUUACGACUACGCCGAUCCUCCGGCUCCUCGACCUUCGGCGCCUCCCCCUCCGCCGCCUCCGCCCGCGCCACCCGCGCCACCCGCUCCACAGGCGCCCAAACGCGUCCGACCGCCGUUACGCCCCCUGAGCGCCUUCUACGCCCAGCGGCCAGUGGCACGUCCGCCGCCCCCACCUCCGCCUAACUAUGACUACGACUACGACUAUGAUGCCCCUGCUCCGCCUCCAGCCCCCACUGAAGCACCACCGCCUCCCACAGCUCCGCCACGCCCAAGGCCACGGCCACGCCCUCGUCCGCAGCAGCAACCAGAGCAGCAGCAACCCAAUCCUCAACAGCGGCGUCCUGCGCAACUGGGGGAUCGCCUUAUCUAUCAGUACGCACAACCUACUGAUACCUUCUCUAGGUCGCAGGCUGAGGCGGAGGUGGCGGGAGACCCAAAUGGUUCCCAAGGAGAUUCAGAUACGGAUACGGAUACGAAUGCGGAUGCUUUUGGUGCUGAUGAAGCCGCAUCCGAUCCCCCUGCACCAGCACCACCUCCCCGAUUUUUGGUCAACUACGAGAGCGAUGGCGAUUUGGAUCAACAGGAUCAACAGGAUCAACCACCUUCGGCUCCUGCUCCACCUGGGAAUCCUGCAUAUCCGGGCGACUACUUCUCAUCCUUUGACCUUGGCAGCCUGAAUCGCUUCCCGAAUCACCAGAAUCAGCAGCAGUACUACUUUAAGUAAGCGGUAUAGUUUCUUAUUACACCUUUUACUUUUAUCUUUGUGGCAAUCGGUUGAAAUGUCAAAGUUCCCAAAUAUUUUAGCAAUUGCAUUGCAGCGUGUGCUUAACAUUGGCCGUUAACUUUAAAUAAAUAUAAGUAAACAUACUUUUACAAUUUUUUUAUACCCAGUU